AUGAGUCAUCACACCAUUGAAGAAAUCCCCGACAGCGACAAGGUGUUCCAUGACACCGUCUUCAUGGAAAAAAACAAGCAUAUCUCCGACCAGUGGGUUCGCAUUGCCGAACUGUACUCAGACGGCAUCAGCCAGCCUCUCCUUCCAGCGGAAUUUUCCCGUGAGCAGUUCGGACAGGGCAAUCACUACGAAUGCUUCAUGCUCACAGCCCUGUCCACUCUGGUGCGUUUCCCCAGCGUAAUCCAGAACUGCUUCGUCUCCAAGCACGUUCGACGUGACGGGCGUUACACGUUCCAGUUUUUUCGUGGCAGGGAGUGGGUGAAGGUGGAGAUUGACGACCAAAUCCCACUGGAGGAGGAUGGGGAGCUUUACAUUCGCUCGCCCACGGGGCACUGGUGGCCCCUGCUCCUUGAAAAGGCCUAUGCAAAGUUUUAUACCGGCUACGAGAAUCUUGAGGGCUGCACACUGCAGGAGACGUACCACGACCUGACUGGCAAUCCCGUGCUCAACAUCCCCAUUGACGCGAAGCUUGCCAAGGCCGCUGGAGCGGACGUAACGGAGGGCCACUACUGGCUGGAUUUGGCGCUGAAGAUUCAAUCCGGACAGUUCGUGGCCUCUGUAUUAACCAAGGACAUGGAGACUGAGAGUAUGGGUAUUCAGCGCGAGCAGCAGUAUGGUGUGCUCGAGAUCUUUUCGAUGACAGGUACAUCGUCUGUGAACGACAUUGUUAUCCAUUUGCACAAUCCCUUCGAGGAUGAGGAGUUCAUCUACACAGGUCCCCUGAACAGCAAGGAUUCACACUGGACGCCAAAGUUACGCGCCAAAUACGGUGUGGACGAUGAACGCUCCCUCUUUCUUCCACUCAGCACAUUUCUGAAGAUUAUUAAUUCCAUGCAACUGUGCUAUGUUUCCACGAUAGAUGGCGAUGCCACAUACUUUGAUGACGAAUGGAAAGGUGAGACCGCAGGCGGUAACCCCACAUGUGUUACAUGGCGCAAAAAUCCCCUAUAUAGUGUCAGAAACACUGGAAAAAACCCACUGCGGCUCGUGGUGAUGGUCAAACAAGAGGAUCAGCGACGCUUUACUUCCCCUGAUGAGCAGUUGCAAUACCUUCAGUGUGGUGUGGUUAUGGUUCAAAAUACAAGUGCCAAUGCAAUACCCACCCAUAUCGUCACUGGCAACAACCACAAGCCCAUUUACAAGAGCUUGUUUCUGAAUUCUCGUGAGGUGGCGAAUGCCAUUACGGUUCCCCCUAAUUCUCUAUGUUAUCUUGUGCCCUCAUGCAUGUCAAAGGGAUCUGAAUCAAAAUUCACCAUUGCCCUGUAUCGCAUGGUUGGGGAAGAGUACAGCAGUCUCACGAUCAAAAAGCUUAGCGUUCCCGAGAUGGAUUGGGACCAUCCUGCUGAGGGACACGUGGAGUUGGAGCAAAAGGAAAAGGAUCGUGUGGACUUCUAUGUUGACCAAGAAACCGACGUCCACAUACUGAUGCAUCAGGAAAAGCCGUAUUCCAGUGCGACUGGCGGCGAUGCCAUGGCCCAGGACUAUAUGGGCAUGUACCUGUACGACGACACGGACCGCAAAAUUGGUGGUGUGCACGCUGCAACAAACUUCAGGGAAACAGGCAUCGUCUAUCACCUUCCCCGAAGCGGCCGCUACGCUCUCUCCGUCACAUGUCCACGUGCGAAGGGAAAGGUGCCCGCGCUCAUCACGAUUGUCGCCUCCUAUUCAG